AUGUCUAGGUUCUUCGCUCAAAAACUUGAAUUUGUUGGGCUUGAAUGGCUUAAGCUUGAGAUUGGCUUAUGGCUAUAUCUCUACGUUCCACAACUGUCGAAUGCAUCCAUUGUCAAGAUCUGUAAGCAUCUGCUUCGGAACGAGCUCCAGUAUGACGAGCUUCUUUCGGAAAUAGAGCCGACACCACAUUUUGAUGGCUCGUCAGAAUCUGCCGCAACUCUUUUCUUCCACAACAUCGGAACAAAGGUCAUCCAAGGUUACCUAGAGCCAUCCCUAUCUAUGGUGCCCAUUCGGGUUCUUCUCUCUGGGCAUCUGGACAAGCGUCGAGAAGGGAUCGUAAACCUUACCAGGAGUGUGAAAGAAUGCUCAAAUGGGGAAAGUGACAAUCUACCGCUCGCCCACUUCCAGGAAGAUACACCAUACAAACCAUGGGACCAAGAACAGCAAUUACGCACCAAGGACGAAUUGUUCCAUCAAAGUUACUCUCACCUUGCUAUAGAGCAGAUUUGUGAGGAUCAUAAAUAUACAAGUGCACUGAAAGAGAUGGGAGAUUCCGAGUGCUCUUCACCGGAUUACAGUUUGAUUCGACUGGGGUUUGAUCCUCCAAGGUGGUGUGCUGUGGCUCAAUAUAGAGGGGUCAAAUCAUCUGCAGAGGCAAGUUCUAAAAGAGCAGCAAAACACUCAGCCUCCAAAUCACUUUGGCUGCAAAUGGGGGGUGAACCCAUCGCUUAG